UACUAGAGACUCUCACGCACGUCGGAGAAGCUGAGUUGGAGGAUCAUGGCGGAACGUAGGAGACACAAGAAGCGGAUCCAGGAGGUGAAUGAACCCACCAAGGAGGAGAAGGCCGUGGCCAAGUACCUCCGCUUUAACUGCCCCACAAAGUCCACAAACAUGAUGGGUCACCGGGUCGACUACUUCAUUGCCUCAAAGGCAGUGGACUGUCUGAUGGACUCCAAGUGGGCCAAGGCAAAGAAGGGAGAGGAGGCACUAUUCACCACCAGGGAGUCUGUGCUGGAUUACUGCAACAGACUUUUAAAGAAGCAGUUCUUCCACCGAGCUCUCAAAGUGAUGAAGAAAAAACCAGAGAAAGAGACAAAGAAGGAGAAGGAGAAAGAGAAGGAGAAGGAGAAGGAGAAAGCCAAGAGCGACAGCAGCAAAGAGGAGGAGAAAAAAGGGAAGAAGGAGAAAGACAAGAAGAAAGAGCCUGAAGCUGCUGAAAUCAAAAAAGACAAGAGUGACGACAGUCCUGGAACCCCCAAGAAGAAGAAAGAGGCCAAGAAGAAGUUUAAACUGGAGCCUCAUGAGGAUCAGCUGUUUGUGGAUGGAAACGAGGUUUAUGUGUGGAUUUACGAUCCUGUCCAUUUCAAGACAUUUGCCAUGGGACUGAUCCUCGUCAUUGCAGUGAUCGCAGCCACACUGUUCCCACUGUGGCCAGCAGAAAUGCGCGUUGGGGUCUACUAUCUAAGUGUGGCAGCAGGCUGCUUUGUGGCCAGUAUAUUGCUUCUAGCUGUCGGUAAGUGCAUGUUGAAAGAGACACCGUUGUCCACCGUGCCACAACAACUCUAUGGUCGUUAAACUAAGCCCCAGUAC